AUGGUUUGGGUUCCGCGACGGGCGAUAUGGUGCACACACGUCUCUUGUCUUCACAGACUCACAAAGCAUCGCCGUAACAUUCGCUUUCCAACAAUGUCGGCUCCAGUCAGUGUGACGAAAAAAACGAAAAUGGCGGAUCUCAUAAACUUCCGUCUUCAGAUCUCCACUUUGGACGGCCGCUCGUUUACGGGCCAGCUCUUGGCUUUUGACAAGCACAUGAACUUGGUUCUAGCAGACACGGAAGAGGCCCGCACGACAAAAAAAUCGUAUCAAGAACUUGCCAAGGCCAAAGUUGGCAGCCAGGUGAAGGUGAAUGAGGACAAGCGGUUUCUUGGGCUUAUUAUUCUUCGUGGCGAACAGGUUGUCAGUGUGGUGAUCAAAAGCGGCCCAACUGCAGACAUAAAAAAGAGAAUGUCCCAGUUGAAACAGUCACGACCCGUGAAGACGCCCGUGAGCCAGAAGGAAAAGCUCAAGGGGCCUGCAAAGGCGCGUUGA